AUGGAUAGACGCACCCCCUACACAUUGAGCGUUCUCGAGUCCAGCACCAACGGUGUUGACGACUCGCGCUCAUUCACACAGACUCGACUACGAGACUUUAUUUUACAAUUUCAGCUGGAUAACGCAUUCAUUUACCGCGAUCAAUUACGCCAUAAUGUGCUUGGAAAAAACUACUACUGUGAUAUUGAUAUCGCCCACUUAAUUUCAUAUAACGAGGACUUGGCACACAAGCUUACGUCCGAGCCCGCGGACAUCAUUCCACUGUUCGAAGCAGCUCUGCUGGAAUGUACAAAGCGUAUCGUCUUCCCCGGUCAGCAAGAUAUCACUCUGCCAUCGCACCAACUUCUUCUUCAUUCUUCCGCGACCCACAUUUCCAUCCGUGAUCUGAAUGCCACCAACGUCUCCCACCUGGUUCGCAUCCCCGGUAUUGUCAUCGGAGCGUCCACAAUCUCCUCCAAGGCCACGACAGUACACAUUCGUUGCAAGAGUUGCGAUCACAGUGAAAAUAUCGUCGUCGACGGUGGCUUCUCUGGCCUGUCCCUACCCCGGCAGUGCGGUCGUGCCAAGGUUCCAGGCGAUCAGCCCGACGAAAAAUGUCCGCUCGACCCUUACGUUGUCCACCACGAAAAGUGUCAAUUCGUGGACCAGCAGGUUCUCAAGCUUCAGGAAGCCCCUGAUCAAGUGCCCGUCGGUGAAUUGCCUCGCCAUGUUCUGAUCUCUGCCGACCGGUACUUGGCCAAUCGUGUAGUGCCUGGCUCGCGCUGCACAGUGAUGGGAAUUUUCUCCAUCUACCAAGCCAAGGGCGGCAAGAAAGAAGCUGCGGUGGCGAUCCGUAACCCUUACCUACGUGCUGUGGGUAUCAACACCGACGUUGACCAGACCGCCAAGGGUAAUUCCGUCUUCAGCGAGGAAGAGGAGCAGGAAUUCCUGGAGCUCAGCCGACGGCCCGAUUUGUACGAUGCACUCGCUCGGAGCAUUGCCCCAUCAAUCUAUGGGAACGUUGACAUCAAGAAGGCCAUCGUGUGCUUGCUCAUGGGCGGCUCGAAAAAGAUCCUCCCCGAUGGGAUGAAGCUUCGUGGUGAUAUUAACGUGCUCAUGCUGGGUGACCCCGGUACCGCCAAGUCUCAGCUACUGAAGUUCGUGGAAAAAGCCGCUCCUAUUGCGAUCUACACUUCCGGAAAGGGCUCUUCCGCUGCUGGUUUGACAGCCUCGGUUCAGCGAGAUCACACCACCCGCGAGUUCUACCUGGAAGGUGGUGCAAUGGUUCUGGCCGAUGGCGGUGUGGUCUGUAUUGAUGAGUUUGACAAGAUGCGCGAUGAGGAUCGAGUGGCGAUUCACGAAGCCAUGGAACAGCAAACCAUUUCCAUCGCCAAGGCUGGCAUCACGACUAUUCUCAACUCCAGAACCUCAGUUCUGGCCGCUGCGAACCCGAUCUUCGGCCGUUACGAUGACCUGAAGACCCCCGGAGAGAAUAUUGAUUUCCAGACCACCAUUCUGUCGCGUUUCGAUAUGAUUUUCAUUGUUCGUGAUGACCACGAGCGAGGCCGAGACGAGCGGAUUGCCCGUCACGUCAUGGGCGUGCAUAUGGGUGGCCGUGGUGUAGAGGAGCAAGUCGAGGCGGAGAUUCCCGUGGAGCAGAUGAAGCGGUACAUCAGUUAUUGUCGCAGGUACGUUUUUGCAACUCUUGUCCUCCCCGUGUGGUCUAUCUUCGAUACUGACAAAUUUCCCGCCCAAACUUAUAGUCGAUGUGCUCCUCGUUUGUCUCCCGAAGCCGCAGAGAAGCUUUCCUCUCACUUUGUGUCCAUCCGCAAGCAAGUGCACCGGGCCGAACUCGAGUCUAAUACCCGCUCCUCGAUUCCCAUCACCGUCCGUCAGCUGGAGGCCAUUGUCCGUAUCACGGAAUCUUUGGCCAAGCUCUCUCUCUCCCCCAUUGCCACCGAGGCCCACGUCGACGAGGCGAUCCGUCUCUUCCUGGCGUCCACCAUGGAUGCCGUCACUCAAGGCGAGGGCCAAGGAAGCAAGGAAUUGAUGGAAGAGGCGACCAAGAUUGAGGACGAGCUCAAGCGACGUCUACCUCUGGGCUGGAGCACCAGUUUGGCGACCUUACGCCGGGAAUUUGUGGAUGGCAAAGGAUACACUGAGCAAGCGCUCAAUCGGGCUCUGGUGGUCCUGCAGCGGCGGGAGACGGUGCAGAUCCGUUCCGGCGGCUCGCAGAUCUACCGUAACCGGCCCUGA